AUGGCCACUAGUGUUAGUACAGCAUCGUCGUCGUCGUCAUCGACAAAUACUCCAACGAAUUCAAGCAAUCUUUCGAGUUUUAUACCGUGUCAACAUACAUUUGUUGCUACAAGAGUUAAACAAAAUCAGACAUAUGAUGAAAGUUUUUCGAAUAAUCUUCAACGAUCACUUGUUCCACGUGUAUGUCGUCUUCGAACAAAUAAUAAUUCAAUAGCUAUUUAUGCACUUGUUGAUCCAAUGGAUACAAAUAUGAUUGCAUCUGAUGUUUGUGUUAAUAUGCUUGUAGAGCAAUUAAGUCAAAUAUCAUUCGAAGAUGAAUCAUAUAAAAAGAAAAUUAGUGAUAGUAUGCAACAAAUUUUUUAUGAAACGGAAAAUCGUUUAUUACAAAUGACAUUUGAUCAUGCAGAAGAGAAAGCAACAUUGACAACAUCAAGUGAUGGUACUGCUGAAAAAUGUUUACCUUCAUUAGGUGAAGCUCAAUCUGGUGCUUUUCUAUUUGCUGCUACUGUUACACAAUCAAAUGUUUACAUUGCAUAUGUUGGAACUAUUCGAGCUUUUCUUAUAUCGAAUAAUAAUGGUGACUUAUGUAUAUUGAAUAAUCGACCACAAUAUUAUCAUACCGGUUCAUUACAUACAAUUGAUAAUGAUGAUGAAAGUCUUCGAUUAAGAAAUCUUAAUGUUAAUCUUGCACAAGUUAAAAAUGAUGGUUUGGAUAAUAAUCAUUCUAAAUUUACUCGAUGUAUUGGAAAAUUAUCUGAAAAAUUACUUUCAUCAGCAGCAUCAGCCAAUGAUGUUAAUGAAGCACGUUGCAGUGCACUUGUAUGUGAACCAAGGUUUGAUAAAUUUAGAAUUAGUCCUCAAGAUUUUGCAUUUGUUAUGAUGACUGAUAAACUCUAUGAAAUGUAUUUAAAAACAGGUAUUUCUGAACAUGAUAUUCCAACUGAUUUUAUUGAUCUUCUUCGUGAAUCUAUAAGUGCAGUUAAUCCAGCACAAGAUAUUCUUAUUAAAAUUGAAGAAAGAUUUCAGAAGACAAAUAAUUCUGUUAACGAGGACAUUACUCUUCAAGAUAUGGGUUUACUUAUUCAUUUUUUUCAUCAACCAAAGAAUGUAAGUCAACCUUCCCCAUUUUCAAUUAAACCAAAUACAAUGCGACGAAUCGUUGAUGGUGAAGUUACUGUCGAUGAAGUGAAAAAAUUUAUUACCAAACAUAAUGAAAUACAACAAAAACGAGAAAGAAACCGUAAUGCAUCAAGAAGUAAUGGACAUAGACGUGAAAACCAAACACAUAAUGGUUCAAUAGAACCAUUUGUUCGAUUUGAUAUUUAUGAAAACUUAUUAAAGGAUAAUGAAGAAUUAUGUCAAGCAGAUCGAUCUAUUACUGAUCUUCUUUAUCAGCAGUCGACAUCUGCUAUGGAUGAGAAAUUAACUGAAUUUUUGAAAGAACAUCCAUCUUUAAAAUGUGAUUGA